AUGGGGUACUAUGAGCUAGAGGACGUGCUGGCAGACGGCAGCGAGGUGCCCUGCAAGUUCCAGUACUCGAUGCCUGGCCUCGGGUAUCUGGCGGGCAACGCUGGGAAGCCGAUCGAGAAGAACUCGAAGUUACUGCUGCCGCUGUGGCUGGCAAGGGUGUUGGCGAUUGUUGGUGGCAGCGAGGGCGAGGAGAUCGCAGAUGAUGAGGAAGCGAUGCCGUUCGUAGAACUGUCGCGGCCGGAGAUGUUUUCCGCUAAGGUGGUCAAUGCGAUCAAGGCGGGUGCAGCAAGUCUGGAUCUGCAUUCUGUAAAUUCUCACUUCUAUAUGCUAGCGAUCAAGUGGAUCGCGCUGUUCGGCGACGCGGAGCUUGGGUCUGUGAUUGCGGAAAUGGUGAUGGAGCGGUCUCUCGAGCUCAACGGGCACGCCAGCAGCGUGGGCGUGAGCGCGGUGGAGUCGCAGGCGUCGCAGGCUGGGUCGCCGUUCUUGCUGACGCUCGACGAGUCCGAAAAGGAGACGUACAGGCGGGCCCACGACUCCUACAGGCGGACCAAGCGGUGGAUGCUUGAGAAGUAG